CGACCACCGGUUUUGAUAAGCUUAGCCAAAACUCCACAUAAACACCACAAUGUUCCGUUUCGUUGCUUUCCUUGCUGCGCUGGCCGUUGCUCAGGCUGCGUACACGCUGAACCCUGCCGGUCCCACCUAUGCCGGAAUCCACACCCCGGCGAUCACCAGCCAACAGUCGAACAUUCUGCGCAGCUACGGUAACCUCGGACAGGUUUCUACCUACUCCAAGACCAUCGACACCCCGUACUCGUCCGUCAGCAAGUCCGAUGUCCGUGUGAGCAACCCCGGACUGGCCGUCGGUCACGUGGCCGCUGCUUACCCUGCUGUCGCCCCGGCUUACGCCCACCACGGCUACGCUGCUCCCGCUUUCGCCCACCACGGCUACGCUGCUCCCGCUUUCGCCCACCACGGAUACGCUGCCCCGGCUGUUAAGGCCGUUGCCGCUUCCCCAGCUCUGCUCGGCGUUGCGUACUCGGCCGCGCCAACGGUCGCUCACAUGACCUACAGCAACGGAUUCGGGAUCAACUACGCUUGGUAGAGUGCGUCCGACGAUCGUUGAUCGUGCAAC